AACACGGACUUUACUUUAAGGCAAGAGCUUCAGGCAUCUCUGUGUUUUUACACAAGAGCAGCUUCACACCAUGUUUGUUCUGGCUCUGUUAAUCUCUAUCAUGCUGGGAGCAUUUAGUGCUCAGGCAAAAGUGGUCCCGAGCUUUGAUGAGUGUAAAGGGUUCUUCUACAAAGACACAGAACCAGGAGGAAUGGAUCAGAAUGCAAAGAAAAUCUGUCAGAUGCUUCAGUUUGAUAGCUACCAUUACGCUACCCUGUACUCCGUUCAUCACAGGAUCCCUCUCUAUAGCGCCUACAUAUUUGACCCUGACUGCUCAAGCACUGCUGGAAGAACAGACAACUGGCAUGUAGAGCCACAGAUUUCCUACCCUAGAUCUCGAACUGACUUUAUGGUCUUGGAAAAUCAAAAUGAAGCAAACACUUAUAAACAAAACCAAGCCAUCAGCAGCGACUACAGUGACACCGGAUACGACCGUGGUCACCUGUACCCCAGCAGUUUCCGAUGCGGUGAAGAACGAAAGGCAACAUUCACACUGACCAACGCUGCUCCGAUGGACGCGUGUUUCAACCGAAUCCACUGGAAGAACUGGGAGAGCGCGCUGAGGACUUUCUUAUUACAGAAGCAUGACUGGACGGUGCAAUAUGAUGUGGCUGCAAAACUUCUGAGCAGCAAUGUUGUAACAGUCUACAUUGUCACAGGGACGGUCCCCAGUGCAAAUGAACGAAUACCACAUAGGGGAACCUCUGAAGACCCAGAAAGAGUGACGGUGCCCUCUCACAUCUGGACAGCCGUCUGUUAUAAACACCAGUUCGAUGACAAAAAGUCAUUUUCCUUUGGCUAUAUUGGAAAUAACCUGUCGGAUGGACGCGUAACUCUGAUGCUUAUCCCAGAGCUAGAGAAACAGCUCAGUGAACUCUACAGUGAGGUCUUACAAACGGUUCAGUCAAUUAACAUUUUUGCUGAUUAUUGUUUUUCUGACAAAAGAAAGUUAGAUGAGGUUCAGCCCACAUUUCAGAAGUUAAUUGAUCUACAAGUGAGCCGAGCAGUCCGAUCAAGAUCAGACAUACAAAACAUGGUCAAAACAGUGAAAAGAGCCCUCAGAACUGACACCGAAUUUACCAACAACUUCAAGGUGACUAAGAUGACGGCAGAAUUAGCCUUUGACAGCAUGAGCUCUUAUCACACCGUGACAGAAGAUCUGAAGCGUGCUACUGGAAGUUCUUGUCUUAUAACUUACGUCAGUCCACAAAAGGAAGGGAUGAAUGAGCGGAGAAAGAGGGGGGUAUCCGAGUUUUCAGAUGCUGUUAAAUGCCAGUUGUUUCCAGAGAAGCAGAUCAACUGCUCCUCUCCCUGCCUGUACCACGACCAUCUCAAGAGCUAUAAGUGUUAUACAGGCUCAAAACAGUUUGACUGCUCACCGCAGUACUCGCUCAUUACGGCUACUGGAGUGAAGUGCCAGGAUAAUUACCCAUGUGCCAAAUAUAAUACAGAGUACUACCAAUGUAAAACCAGCAGUGGUGAAUGGGAAUACUGCAGCCCUCCACUGUGGAGAAGUAGAACUAAAAACGAAGAGGACUGCCGCAACAACCACGCCUGUGCCAAUUAUGGUAAAACAUACACAUGGUGCUACACAGAUGAUGAAGACAGCUGGGAUUACUGUUGCGCUUCUGAUGACUGCAACUUCACUGUCAGUGGCAAAACCUGUGCGUCUAAAUGUUCCUUUGGCACAAGUAACUACCUUUGGUGCGAAACUACUGAUGGCAGCUGGGAUUAUUGUUGCAGAAAAUGUGAUAAGUAGUUGGUCUGCAAAGCUUAAUUAGUACUACGGCUUUGCAAAGUUGAUUGAUUGUAUCUGGAGCACUUACUAACCUAGACACUUUCUAACAUAAGACUUUCGUAUGUACAUCUGAAAUUAAAAGUAUUUUAACAUUUGUUCCCCCUGAUUUGUAAAAAAAAAAAAAAAAAAAAUGCACUCAGUGCAAAUGUAUUCUUAAAUACUUUUUUCAAUUCAAGUUUAUUUAUAUAGUGCUUUUUACAAUAUGAAUCGUUGCAAGCAACUUUACAGAAAAUGUACGUUUCUAUAAUAGAUUUGGCAGCAUCUUAUCUAUGGCGACUAUGCCAAAAAGUACUCUGACAUCUCAUAAACGUACAUCUACGCAAGCUUAAAAUUAGAAUUUCGAUCAUAUUUUGGAACCAUUCCAAAUUCAUUGUGAAUUGUCUUAAGAUGAGACAGAUAUCCUGUGGGAUUGUUUCUACAAGAUUUCAGUGGGACCCAAGUGGGUGCCUAUUUGUGAAGGAAAUUUCGUGUUUGAUCAUUUUAAUCAUAAAAUCAGUUGAUCACAAAUGAUGACUAACAUUGUCCUUUCUCUGCAGGCCUAAACUUUAUGUGCAUUUCAGGGAACAAAAAUGUUCUAACCAUUAUAGUGUAUAAUGAAUAUUGAAUCAACAUUUAAAAAUAGUUGAUUUGUCAAUGUUAAUGUUAAAAAAAUGUCGAAGAUUCAACAAACCUCCAGUGCUUUAGUUGGGCUCUUGACCUUCAAGUUAAUUUUCUUUCAGUCUCAAUAGCAUUAAUAAAGACAGCGUUGUUGUAAAAUUAAGUUGGAGUAAAUUACAUGUGUUAAGUGUCAAGCUUUAAUAAAGUUCAGAAAUAUUA